CACGAUCAGACCCUGCACGAACGAAAUAAGAAGUGAAGGAGGAGGGGAAGAAAAAAAAAACAUGCUCCCACUAUCAAUAUUUACCCGCUCGAUGUUCGCCCGGAGAGCUGUGACCUCCACACACCAGGUAAUUGCAAGACCAUUAUCAUGUCGUUUCGCCUCUACAAAGCAUACCAAGAACUUCAAACCACCCACCCCCGACGAUCUAACCGAACUUCGAGAACGGGUUCAGGAGUUCACCAGUCCGUUCCCCCCCCCCGCCCUUUCCAACCCCAACUAUCCAGCUAACUAUCCCCCUAUAGAGCGUGAAAUCCCCGAAGAAUUCGCCGCCGCCGUGGACCGCAAGAACGAAUUCCCGGAACCAAUGUGGCGCAAGCUCGGCGAAGCCGGCUUCUUGGGUGUCACCGCGGAGGAGGACUACGGCGGGCUCGAGCUCGGGUACCAAGCACACUGCGUUGUGAUGGAGGAGCUAUCCCGAGCCUCGGGCAGCAUCGGGCUCAGCUAUGCUGCACACUCGCAGUUGUGUGUGAACCAACUCACGCUUAAUGGGAGUGCCGAGCAGAAGGGGAGGCUACUACCCGGUUUGAUCUCGGGUGAGAAAGUGGGCGCGUUGGCUAUGAGUGAGCAUUCGGCUGGUAGUGAUGUUGUUAGCAUGAAGAGCCAUGCAAGGGAGGUUGAUGGAGGGUGGCUGCUUAACGGGACGAAGAUGUGGAUCACAAAUGUGCCCAUUGCCAGCCAUGCCACGCUUGGAGAUAUAUGCUAAUAUGAGACUAGGGACCAGACGCAGACGUAGUAGUAGUAUACGCAAAAACCGACCCCGAAAAGGGCUCUGUAUGACACCCCCCCUUUCCUCUCCCCCCCCCCAACCAACUAUCACUAACGGCCCCUCAGAAGGGCAUAACCGCCCUCAUACUCGAAAAAGGCAUGAAGGGGUACACCUGUGCGCGCAAGCUUGACAAACUAGGCAUGCGUGGCUCAAACACCGGAGAGCUAAUCUUCGAAGACGUCUUCAUUCCACACGCGAACCAACUCGGCCCGACGAACAAAGGCGUGCGCGUGCUAAUGGAAGGCCUAGACCUAGAGCGCCUGGUCCUCUCCGCCGGACCACUGGGACUGAUGCAAGCGGCACUGGACAUAACACUACCAUACGUCCAUCAGCGCAAGCAAUUCGGGAUCCCAAUCGCGCACAACCAACUCAUACAAGCGAAGCUAGCGGACAUGCACACGAAGCUGUCCGCCGCGAGGGCGUAUACGUUUGCGGCGGCCAGAAGGGUGGACGAGGGCGUUAUCGAUACAAAGGAUUGCGCCGGGGCAAUCUUGUUCGCGGCGGAUCGCGCGACGGAGUGUGCGCUUGAUGCGAUCCAGUGCAUGGGCGGGAAUGGCUACGUUAACGAGGUGUCGGCCGGGAGGUUGUUGAGGGAUGCCAAGGUACGGUUUUACUUGUUUGUUUAUGGCGAUCACGGCGAUGAGGGCCAGCUGCUAAUAUAGGGGCUGGGCGGUAGCUUUACGAGAUUGGCGCGGGCACUACGCAGAUUAGGCAUAUUGUUAUUGGAAGGGCAUUCAAUAAGGAGUAUGCCGAUCAGGUCAUCUAGGCCCCCGUGUUGAAGGCGCGUUUGUAGAGAGUGUACCGUUACGCUAGACGCAUGAUUUUCCACAUCGGUCUGCUUCGUUUGGCGUUGUCCAUAGGCUACCACUAGUCCUCACCUUCCCCAUUCCUUUAGGCUACUCGUGCAGUACAGUACUCCAAUUACCAAUCACAACAAAUCACUCGAAGCACCAUUCUCUGCCCAGGAUUCCUAGACCGCAACCUAGUCCAACACAACAAACACACCCACUUAGCAUGAAUAGCACUAUAAUAUAUUUAAAAUCAUAGCAGAGCUACGGAGUAGAUAUCCUCCUAAAACCACAUCGCCAACCAACCUAAUCAGCGAAGUGGGGAAAAGAAAAAGAAGGACAACAGAAAAGAAAAGAAAAGAAGCACUCCCAUUGAUCUAACACAGCCAAUCCCAUGCCAUUCGAUCUCUAGCUUAUCCCGUUUCGCCCGCCUGCCCGCUACGAGCAGGAGCAUUAAAAGUAGCUAAUGAGAAGAAAGAAAGAAAAACUGCAGCCCAAAAAGCGAGAGGGAAGAAUGGGCGGAAAAGACUCCUCACUACCGGUAGAAGACAGGACAAGCUCCUACUAAAUAAAUGGCUAGAUGAUGAAUUGUAGAAAAAGGGGAAGGGAAGAAGAGUGCUGUCGAAAGUAAGGGUAUACGGCGGGGGGGUGAACGGAGCAGGCAAGAAAUCAAGAAAUCAGUCGGUUGAAAGAGUCUCAUUCCCCUCGGUGGAGGGUUUCCGCUUUCUAGUAUCGAGCUUUGGCACUUCCGCACCUCGCUCGGCCUUUGCGGGACUACCCCUCUCCCCCUCGAUGAUGACUGUGCCGUUCCUCUUUUCUUCCUUGACCACGGGUACGAUGACUGUAGCAUUUCCCCUACCCCCGGUGGUAGUGAUAGGACUUGCUCCCGUGGUUCCC